AUGCUUCAAAACUUCCAUGGAUCUUUUAAACUAAUCCCAGAUGUUAUCCCUCUUCGAGCAGCUGCGCAUAAGACUCUUAUAUCCAAAUCAUUGACAACACAUGUGGCAUCUCGGACAACUCACAUUACGUCCUCGUGGCCCGUUUUGGUGCUUCUACUGAUGACGGCUGUAGAGAAACUUAUCAAAGGUAAGGAGAUCGAUUUAGAUGAAUUGGAAGGGUGGGCAAAUCAAACCCACAUACAAAAGAUAUCUAAUGUGGAACUAGGGAUAUCAUCGACUGCUGAUGCUAUAGUUUGCCGAAUUGCCGCCCGUGAUGCUCUGUAA